AAAAGGGUCAAUGGUGGGUGGCUGUAGGAGAAUGCGAAAAGAAGUGAUUUUGCCAAACACAAACAAGAUAAAAACCAAAAUAUAGCAAAAAGAAAAAAGGACGACAGUAUCAUUUGUUAAAUUCAGACCCCUGGAAGACUCCCAGAGCAGCCAAAAGAAGAACCAACUCUCUCCGCCUCCCUCUUUCCCUCCCUUCACUCUCCUCCUCUGCUUUCCCCAGCACUCUCAGCCAUCCAUGAGUGUGACCAACUCCUCUGCCUAUCGAUCGGAGCGUAGUUUCCACCAGACUUCAUCCUCAUCCUCAUCUUCCAGUAACCCAUACAUGGAGAAGAGCCGGGGACUGUUCGCUGAGGACUUUGGCUCCUUCAUGAGGCCUGGGAGCGACGCCUUGGGGUUUUCCAGUGGAUCUGGAAAUAUCAAGACUCUUGGGGAUUCAUACCAGUUCACAGUUGAUGUGCGAGACUUCUCCCCUGAAGAUGUCAUUGUCACCACAUCCAACAACCAGAUUGAAGUUCGGGCAGAAAAGCUGGCCCAGGAUGGUUCUGUGAUGAACACUUUCACACACAAGUGCCAACUACCUGAAGAUGUGGAUCCCACCUCAGUGACAUCAUCACUGGGCACCGAGGGGACCCUAACAGUCAGGGCACGGCGACACCCGGCCAAACACGAGCUCGUACAGACCUACCGCACCGAGAUCAAGAUCUAGAGAGGGACCUGCUUUCUCAUCACAAACCUCUCACUUUUGUGUUUUUAUGCUACUUCCUGUAUUUCCUGUCUUCACUCAAACCAUUCUUUACUCUCAACCCUCAACAGAGAGUUGGCACUGUGCUCUUUAAAACAUGCCACAUCCUCCCUCCAUGACUGCAACAACACCUGUUGAUGCUCAUUUAUGUUCUGAGUUAGUUCAACAUACACAACAACAUGUCAUGCCUUCACAUAACUUGCUCUAACACGGGGGCUGGACAUGUACAGCAUUUUCACAAAUACACACACAUACACACACAAGCACACACAUAUAUACAUACAAAACAAUUAACUGAUCAGUUUACUACUUCACCUUAAAGCAGUUCUAAAAAUGAAACUCACCUCUGAAAUUGCCACGUUGAUAAUAAUUUAUUGUAUAUUAUUUGUGUGAAUAAAAUGAUCCUGCUUUGA